AUGCCCGGCUUUACUUCGGACUGGCAGACGGUGUGGGCGCUGGAGGUCCAGCCUUCUGUCGGGUGGAACCAUCGGACCUUUGAUCCCCCUCUGCAUUUUGAGCGGCUGCGGCUGCUGGGCCCGCAGGGCCUGGGUGCAGGAGGCUGCCGGGUGCGGGAGAUCUCCAUGAGGGGCCAUGUGAUCGUGAAGCCGCCCAUGGGAUGUCCUGUGGAGGUCACCGUGUCCAAUGCAGCCCCGGCAGUCGCAGUAGCAGACGAGGCACCCCUGGAACAUCUCGUUCUGGAUGCCAAAGCAGUGGGUGCUGGCCAGCUGCAGCUUUCGCCCAGAGGCUCCAUCAGUUUCUGGCUGACCGUGGCUGCUGCAGUGACCGACAGCCCGCAGUUUCAGAUCGAGGCAGCAGUCUUGCCUGACGAGCAUUGGCCACUGCAGUCAGUGACGCUCCAGAUCAAUUCUUCAAUGCUGAGUGACAUGCCUUCGGUGCCAGAUCUGUCGGAUGAGAUGACCUUCCUCAGCGAUGGCGAAGCUGCCAUGACAUGGAGUUCCGUGGCUUCACUGGCACUUCCUUCAGGGCUUUGGAAGGUGGAGAUCUUAUCGCCUGCACCUGUUCCUCUUCAGCUGGGAAGGCUCCGCUCUUUGACUCCAGGUGUCCAACUUCUUCCGGCGAA